AAGUAGGUCACUUGUAAGACGUAGGGACAUUACUCAUUAGGGAGAGAAAGGGAGUUGGAAUUUCCUGGCUGCACUUUUGUGUAUGGAAUUUCUUAAUAUCUGCGAAGCGUCUGGUACUAUCUUAUAAUGUUCAGCUAAUGUUUUGAUUGGGUUUCAUUUAAAUUUGAGUACGUUCCUAGAGAUUUAAGUGUAUAGAUUACUUUAGUCAAUACCGUCAGUUACUGACAAAAAGAUGCCAGUGUGCUGUCCUUUACGCGUAGCCGUUAUAUGUUCGAGUAAUAUGAACAGAAGCAUGGAAGCCCAUGCGUUUUUGAGCAAAAAGGGCUUCUUGGUGAAAUCGUUUGGCACUGGAGACAAAGUAAAGCUUCCUGGAACAGCCCCAGACAAACCUAAUUGUUAUGAAUUCGGAGUGACAUACGAAGAAAUAUAUCAAGAUCUUCUCCUCAAAGAUAAAUCUUUCUACACUCAGAAUGGAUUGCUCCACAUGUUGGACCGUAACAGGAGAAUCAAACCGAGGCCCGAGCGCUUCCAGACGUCUAAGGAUAAGUUUGACAUCCUCGUCACUUGCGAGGAACGGGUCUAUGACCAAGUUAUUGAAGCACUGGAGAGCAGAACACCAACUGACAACUCAGCAGUCCACGUCAUCAACAUUGACAUCCAGGACAAUCACGAGGAGGCGACGAUAGGGGCCUUCCUCGUUUGUGAGCUGAUUACGAUGAUGGCACAGAGUGAAGACCUGGAUAAUGACAUCGAUGAAAUGCUCCACGAAUUUGAGUCGAAGUGCCAGCGUCCCAUCCUCCACUGUGUCCUGUUCUACUGAUGGAGACUGCAUGCUGCACGACCAGAGGACAGAUAGAAGUUUCUACUGACAUGCGCACGCACUUUGUGACGUCCGGUCCCUUGGUGAGGGGACGUGAGAGGAGCGGUGGUGUGCUCGCACACCGAUGCGUUUGUCUGUACCUCACUUUCUGUGCGAACCGGCGAAGAAAUUUCUCUUCUCUUAGCAGGUUACCUUCUGGUGCUCCAGAAAUGAGUGAUAUUUGUUAAGUUAGUUCGGAUUGAGGAAGUCAGAAUUCCUCUUAUAAGUCUAUAAACAAAAAGCUUUAAUAAAAACUGAUUUCAACAGUGGCACUGGAUGAAUUGGCCACUACAGCAUUUGUACUAUGACAUUUUUAUUUUGUUACAUUUUUAAGAAAGAAGGAAAGAAAUAAUGUUUUUCUUGCAGUUCUGUGUAGUUAUAGCUAGCAGUGUGCAAAUGCCGGCACAUUAAUCGGUUUCUGUAUCCUCCAGCCUGUGUCGUACAGAAUCGUAAUUGGUUAUUGGGGUCCGCGUAUUCUGAGAUGACUGCCACAACCUGUUGUGCGAAAGACUUACUGUAGAGAUUGAGGCAUAAUACAUAGCAUAUUUAACUCUCAUUUAAGCAAGCAGCCAGUAAGAUUUCUCCGGGUUACCUUUAUGUCCACCUUUCAUAUUGAAAAGUAAUUGUAAUCCAAUGACAGCUAAAUGCAGAUGCUCAAAUUAUUGUAGGAAUAAGCUUUCCAAUUGCUAAAAGGCUGGCAGAUAUAUACCGAUUUGUUUUAAAAUGUUCGGGAAAGUUUAUAGGGCACCAGGAACUGAAGUUAUUUUCAGGAUAUUGAUGGGGUAGGAUAUAACUUUGCAGCCAUCAGUGCAAGAAUUUCACGAGAGAUUGAGCUCUCAAUUCAGAAUUGUACUGUUUGACAGUGCACAGUUGUCAUCUCAGAAUUGUGUUAUUACUGUGUUGCUAAGUGUAGUGUCACUUAUUUUUUUUUUUACUUUAAUAGAUUAAAUGUAGCAAAUAUGAGAUUAUCUGGAACUAUACUGAUAACUGAAUACCUUGUAUGAAUGUUCCUGUGUAGACAUUGUCUGUCCCACAUACUUGUAGUUGCAGUUAUAUGAACUGAUGCUGGACAUGUGCUAAUAACAAAUGGUCUUGUCAUCCUUUUGUUCGCUCAGUAGUGUACUGUGUGUCCAGCAAAUGCAGCACAAAUUGCUGAUAUGUUUUAAUAUCUCCUUAGUUCUAGAUAUUUGAAAGUCCUUCAGUACAUAUGUUUAUUGCACUAUAAGGCUUACUGAGGAGAAGUUGAAUGCAUAGAAGAUGGUAACAGCAGGGGCAAGAAUGCAGUUGGGUGAAAAUGAUGCAGAGAUGACACACCUGUGAUAGAUUCUGGCAACAGUUUCAAUGAAGAAAAGAUAUUAGGUGAGAGUGUUGUGGAAGUUACAGUAAAGUGUUGUGGAAGUUACAGCAUAGAGUGCUGUGGAAGUUACAGCGCCAUGACUGCUACAGGAAGAAACUUUUGUAGCAGAUUGAAGUAUCUAAAUCCCCUGCCCUACUUAUGAUCUGUAUUUAUUCAUAGCAUCUCAGGAAUAUUAAUAUGUAUUAGGUGGCCUUCUGUGACUGAUGCAAUUUUGUGCUUGCUUACCAGGGUGCUCGGAUAUUUAUUUCUGAUUUUAAUGGUACAUGCUGUGCAAAAUACACUUGUCAUCAUUUACUCACUGCUAGCAGUCCUACUCUGGAACAGUAGUGACUCUCAGUGGGUAUUUUUACUGUUGGGCAUGUGCCAUGUAGCUGUUGUACAAGAAUUCCAGUUUCACUCCCAUCCUUUCUGGCAAUCUGCUUAUUAUGCACUCGAUGUCCGAUUUUUCCUUACUCCCUUCUUCCUUAUAAAAAUAAAGUAUGAAAGUGAAAAUAUAACUUUUGUCUCUCUUCUUAAUCAGAAGAUAUAAAUGGAAAAGAACUUCCCGACAUACAUUUCAUUCAAUUCUGCAUGUGAGAUGUAUCUGUGUAAUUUCUGCUAUGAAGUAUGACAUAGCUGUUGUUUCUGUAUCUGUAAUUAUCAGCAAAUAGUGUAGUAUAAACCUGAGGUAACAGUAUCUGUUUAUCUUACAAUGCUCAAUCAAUUCUACAUAUAACCACAGUGCAGUUUUAGUAUUAAGGAGAAAUGUUGAAACUUUUGCUCAGUGCUUCCAUAAAACAAUCUCUCCUCCAUUCUGAUGUUGCGAUAUGUAUGCAUUGAUAAACAGAUUACAUAUAUUAACAUUUAGUAUUUUACUUUUUGUAAACUAUGUCAGUCUGAAUGAAACUAAAAUUGAAGCAAUUACGGAGCUGUAUUUGCACACUGCUAAAUGUUUUCUGUUUUUUGUUAUUCUAUUUAUAUUGCAAAAGUAUUAUUUAUGUCAUGUGUUUAGAAUUAAUGUCAGAUUUGUUCUGGAGGGAUGAGGAAGAAGUGAACUGAUUAUUGUACUAGCAUGUCUUUUGCUUGUCCCUCCGUUCUUAGAUUUUUGCCAAUUUUUUACCUCAAGCUGUGAGACUACUGGAUUGUGUGCAAUUGCCUGUGUUCCAUAUGGAGGAAUCCAUUAGUACCAUGGGCGAUAUUGUGAGACAUAACGAUUAUAUAUAUAUGUAUACAAAUAACUUUUUGUGCUUAUAAUUAUAAAUCAUUAUUUCUGUAAAC